AUGCCGCAGCGAUCGCCGUUCGCGAUCCAGGAGCUGCUGGGGCUGAACGGUACCGGAAAUGGAAGCGGUACCGAUCGCGGCUCGCCCCAAGGAUCACCGCCGGCCGGUGUGUCGGCCGUCUCGUACGCGCCCACCGCGCCUCAUCACAAACUAUGGGACUACAUGCCUAGCCUGACGAAUCAUCUGGGCAAUCUGGGGAAUCUUGGGAAUCUGGGCAACCUCACGGCCUCGCGGAUGGCCUACCUGAAUGCGCAGGCGGCCGUCGCGGCUGCCUUCCUGCCGCCGCCCCACCCCCACCCCGCGCACCACGUACCACAUCAUCAGGUACAUCAACCAGGACAACUUCCUGCCUCGCCGGCCGGCGUCAGCGUGCAUCCGGCUGCACACGCGCAGCACGUACUUCCGGGCACCGCGGUCACCGCGAAUCAUCAUCAGCACAGUCCUACUCAGCACACGCCACCCCAUGGUUUCUCCCAAUCGAAGAGCUCGUUCGCAAACACUAGUCCAGGUGUUGGGCACAACAUAGAGUCAGGAAAAGACUUCACGGUCGACGGUCUCUCUGGUUUCAGCAAAAAGAAGAAGAAGAAGCGCCGUCAUAGCUCCAGGACGAUCUUCACGUCACAGCAGCUGGAGGAGCUGGAGGCAGCGUUCAAGGAAGCCCAUUAUCCUGACGUGUAUGCUCGCGAGAUGCUCAGCCUUCGAACCGAUCUGCCCGAGGACAGGAUACAGGUCUGGUUCCAAAACCGGAGAGCAAAAUGGCGCAAAACGGAGAAGUGUUGGGGCAGAAGUACCAUAAUGGCGGAGUACGGGCUGUACGGAGCGAUGGUGCGACACUCUUUACCACUUCCCGAGACCAUACUGAAAAGUGCCAAGGAGAACGAGUCCGUGGCGCCGUGGUUGUUAGCUCAAUCAUCUAAGACGAGCAGCUUUAGUCAAGAUAUCGAAAAUAAUCAAGAACUGAUUGACUGUGGCCCCGCAGGGAUGCACCGGAAGUCAAUCGAAGCGGCGGAACACCUCAAGUCUGGCGGCGAGGACAGCGGAAACGAUCACAACGGAAGCGGAAGCAGCCCCCAUCAUAAUCACCACCAGGGCGGCCCGACCAGCUCGGAGAGUGGACAGGAGAGCCAGGAUGGUAUGGGACCUUCCUCUUCGACAGGGAUCGUUCAGGACACAGAGCAGCUGAGGAACGAGAGCAUCGCCUGCCUGAGGGCGAAAGCACAGCAACAUCAGCUACAGCUGAGCCUACAGCCCACGGCUGCGCCAACCAGCACCUCGUACCCCGCAGGACCCCCCUCGAGCACACUUCACGCCUCUGUUUAA